AACAGCUUUCGAACGAGAGCUCCAGGGCUGUUCUACUCCCGUGUGUGUUCCAAAGGUCUUUAAAACUACUUAGGCCUUCCUUUCCGCGUUCUUCCUGAAAAUCCAGCAAUGGCAGCUCCCCAAGAAGAUCCUGAUCCAUCUGAGUAUCUGUUUGUCUCUCUCGAACAGAAACGCAAAGACCAAACUAAGCCUUAUGAUGGCAAGAAAAUGGUCUGGGUUCCUGACGAGAAAGAAGGAUUCAUUAUCGGCAACAUUCAAAGUACGAAAGGAGAACAAGUGACUGUUGAUUGUCCUGGUGGUGACCGUGUCAUAAAGAAAGACCAACUCCAACAAGUUAACCCACCAAAGUUCGAAAAGGCCGAAGACAUGUCCAACUUGACCUAUUUGAAUGACGCCAGUGUUCUGCAUAAUCUGAAACAGCGAUAUUACUCUAAGCUGAUUUAUGUGA